GGCGGCCCUGCUGACCGGCCGCUUCCAGAUGCGCUCUGGGGUCUACCCCGGUGUGUUCGACCCAGGCUCACGGGGAGGCCUGCCGCUGCCCGAGGUCACCAUCGCGGAGGUGCUGAAGGCCCAAGGCUACGCCCCAGCCAUGGUUGGCAAGGGGCACCUUGGAGGGGCGCAGGUGGCUGCAGACCGGGGAGAGAGGUGCUGGAGGGGACAGCCCAUCUCAGAGGCACUGGGCCCCUGCCAGAAUCUCACCUGCUUCCCGCCUGACAUCAAGUGCUUUGGGACCUGUGACCAGGGCUUAGUGCCAGUCCCGCUGAUCUGGAACCAGAGCAUCGUGCAGCAGCCGGUCUCCUUCCCUGAUCUGGUGCCACUCUACAACAAGUUCUCCCGGGACUUCAUCGCCGACUGCGCGCGACAAGGCCUCCCCUUCCUGCUCUACUACGCCUCCCAUCACACACACUACCCCCAGUUCGCAAGCCGGGAGUACGCAGGGCAGUCGCGGCGUGGGCCGUUUGGUGAUGCGCUCUCGGAGUUCGAUGGGUCGGUGGGACAGCUGCUGCAGGCGCUGCAGGAAAAUGGUCUUGCAAACACAACCUUGGUGUUUUUCACCUCUGACAACGGCCCCUCCACCAUGCGGAUGGCACACGGGGGCAGUUCUGGCCUCCUGAAGUGUGGGAAGGGCACAACGUACGAAGGUGGCAUGCGGGAACCAGCCAUGGCGUAUUGGCCAGGCCGCAUCGCUCCAGGAGUGACGCAUGAGCUGGCGAGCACCCUGGACAUCCUGCCCACCCUGGCUGGCCUGGCUGGAGCAGCUCUGCCCAGAGUCACCCUGGAUGGCUACGACCUGAGUCCAGUGCUGUUUGGGGCUGGGAAGAGUCCCCGCCAGGUGAUGUUCUUCUACCCGCCGUCCCCUGACCCGCUGCACGGCCCCUUCGCCGUCAGGCUUGGCAAGUACAAGGCCCAUUUCUUCACACAAGGUUCCUUUCACAGCGAUACGACCCCAGACCAGGCCUGCCACGGGCUGACUCCCCUGCCUCACUUGCCCCCGCUGCUCUUCGACCUGGAGUCAGACCCUGCUGAGAACUAUGAUCUGCUGCAGAGCAGCGCAGAGCCAGAGUUGCUGCAGGUGCUGCAGGAGAUCAAACUGCAGAAAGUGCUCUUUGAGCAGCGCAUGGAGUUUGGGGAGAGCCAGAUCAGAAAGGGCAGGGAUCCCGCCCUGCAGCCCUGCUGCGUGCCAAACUGCACCCCUAAGCCUUCCUGCU